AUAAUCCGACCGACAUCCCGGCCAUCCCCCGUUCGCAAAGCGUCCCGAAGCGCUAGUAACAGGCGCUGGCUAAUCGCGCGAGUAAACACGGUAGAUUUAGCAGGGAUUUCAGUCGGUGAGUGGAAAAGCUGGGGUGGGAGCCCGAGGAGAGGCGGGGGGAGUCCGCUGUUGGCGCGCUUUCCUUUCCCUGGCGCUAUAUUCCUUAUGGGAUGUCCUAGGGCGGUUUUCCGGACGGGGCUACAAGUAAUCUCUUUAAUAUCAGUGACUGGUUUCUCUGGCCUCUUUUUCGGCCGGUGACUAGACACUAUCAGGCGCUACAAACUGGACUUGUUCCAGGCCCUGUACUGUAGGGCGGCUUUAUAUCUGUCAUAUUGUGGCCAGGGCCGCUGCAGAAUCAGGGCUUAGCGAAAGCUUAUGUUUCGGGGAAGCCGGCAGCAAGGCCGCCGCAGGAAGCGCGCUCCCGCCAUUAGUUCUCAUUCAUCCCGGAACCUCAUGUGUCUUCCAUUAUCCGCUCGGUAAUAGCGCAGUGUGAUACAUUCAGCAGUAUCAGAUCGUGUAUAGGCUGACAAACUUACCAUGGCAGCCCAAGGAGAACCUCAAGUCCAGUUUAAGCUUGUGCUGGUUGGAGAUGGUGGCACUGGUAAAACAACCUUUGUUAAACGUCACUUGACUGGUGAAUUUGAGAAGAAAUAUGUAGCCACGCUUGGUGUUGAAGUUCACCCUCUGGUUUUCCAUACUAACAGAGGCCCGAUCAAAUUUAAUGUGUGGGAUACAGCUGGUCAAGAAAAGUUUGGUGGACUCAGAGAUGGAUAUUAUAUCCAGGCCCAAUGUGCCAUUAUCAUGUUUGAUGUUACAUCAAGAGUCACAUACAAGAAUGUACCAAACUGGCAUAGAGAUCUUGUAAGAGUGUGUGAAAACAUCCCAAUAGUCUUGUGUGGUAAUAAGGUGGACAUCAAGGACAGAAAAGUUAAAGCCAAAUCAAUUGUCUUCCAUAGGAAGAAGAAUCUGCAGUACUAUGAUAUUUCUGCUAAAAGUAACUACAACUUUGAGAAGCCCUUCCUUUGGCUUGCAAGAAAACUUAUAGGUGACCCCAAUCUUGAGUUUGUAGCCAUGCCAGCCCUUGCCCCACCAGAGGUUGUAAUGGAUCCUGCAUUGGCAGCACAGUAUGAGGCGGAUUUACAGAAUGCUCAAGCCACUGCACUGCCAGAUGAAGAUGAUGAUCUGUGAGGAGCAUGAAGCUGGAGCCCAGCGUCAGAAGUCUAGUUUUAUAGGCAACUGUCCUGUGAUGUGGUGCAGCGUGUUUGCCACUCUAUUAUAUAGCUGAGCAGAACAUGUGCUUAAUCUUUUUGGGAUGCAGAAGGAGAUGAAUGGGCUUCGGAGUGAAUGUGGCAGUUCAGAAAACAAUUCCUUUAUAUUUUGGACCUGCGUCUUUAGCUGUUUGGGACUGCAAAAUAUUCUACCCUCAAGUUUCAAAUCUUAAGUUAAGACUGCUACAGUCUCGUCACAAAAUUCAGUGGUAAAUCUUGUUACUGUCAUUCCCAUACCUUUUUCGUUUAGAUCAUAAUAAAGUUAUGUUUCAAAUACCUUAGCAAGUUUUCAUAUGUUACAGAUGCCUUAACAUGUGGUGAGGUUUAUAUAUUUUUCUCUUAAAUGUUAGUUAGUUUAUAUUUUUCACUUGUGCUUUUCUAUUGCCAAUUAUGCUCCUCCCCCUUUUUAACGCUGCCGUUGCAAUCUGCUGUAGCGAGCUCUACUGUUGGUCUUGCUUUAAAGACUAAUCCCAUCCUCCAAAUCAUUGUGUGCUCUGUCCCACCCUUAUUAAAACAAUUUGCUGGGGUUCUUUAUACCAGUGCCCCUAUUCUAAAACCACAAAUCAACAUAAUAAAGAAAAAAAAAACCUUG